AUGAGUUCAGGCGUCCCCCUCACGUCUGAAAACCUCUUUGAGGUGCUCCAAGCCGCGACCUCGCAGUCCCAGGAGCUGGUGCAGAAUGCGUCGUCCCAGUUGAAGAGCUGGGAGCUGGUGCCGGGGUACUGGGGUAUGCUGCAGGAUAUGUUUUUGAACCGCUCACUCCCGGUAGUGAUCCGGUGGAUGUCGGUCAUCACGCUGAAGCAGGGCGUCGACAAAUACUGGCGGAAAGCAGCCACUAACGCAAUGCACAAAGAAGAAAAAUCCUACAUCCGCGCACGCCUCAUCUCCGCCAUACUAGACGAGCCCAGCUCGCAGCUGGCCGCCCAGAACGCCGUCAUCGUCGGCAAAGUCGCUCGUCUCGAGUACCCCCUCGAGUGGCCGGACGUCUUCACCGAGCUCACCACCGUGAUCCGCGACUCCUCCGCUGCCCCGCUCACCGAGACCACCACCCUGCGCCUGACGCACUCGCUCUCCAUCCUGCUGCACGUCGUCAAGGAGCUGGCCACGGGCCGGCUGGUCCGCACCAAGGCCGUGCUGCAGAGCGUCACGCCAGAGGUCUUCAGGGUCCUCGGCGGCGUCUACGUGAAGCACGUCGAGCUCUGGCACGCCCAGCUCGGCGGCGGCCAGCAGACCUCCGUGGAGAUGAUGACCAUCACGCUGCUGUGCCUGAAGAUCCUGCGCCGGCUGAUCAUCGCCGGGUACGAGUUCCCGAACCGCGCGCCGGAGGUGCAGGAGCUCUGGCAGAUCCUGUACGGGCAGGUGUGGGUGCUGUUCCACGCCGAGUCGCAGCUGCCGGCGAGCGGCGGCGAGGAGCUGGCGCUGCUGAGGAAGCAUGUGGUGAAUAUGGGGAAGCUGUUUCUGGACGCCUCGACGAGCCAUUCGGCGGCGUUUGCGCUGUUCCCCGGCACGCUGCCGCUGCUGGGAAAGUAUUGGGAGGUUGUGGCGGCGCAUGGGGAGACGCUGGUGGAGCGCAGCAAGGAGAACCUUAAUGGCAAUGAAGGCAGUUCUGGGGAGGAGGACAGGAGAAACUUUAGAGAGAAGGUCGCGCUACAUGGAAUGCUCCUGUUCCGGAGUUGCGCAAAGAUGAUCUUCAAUCCCGUCGCGACAUUCAAGUACAGACACAAAGCAGAAAAGGACGAGAACCGAGAGGCUACAGAAAUAUUCAAGACACAGCUAUUCACGCCGCAGACAGUCACACACUGCAUGGAGGUGCUGGUGACAAAGUACUUUGUGCUGUGCCCCAGCGACCUUGAGGGCUGGAGCGAGAACCCGGAGACAUGGUCAGAGCACUGGGAGAACGCGACGGAGAGCUGGGAAUUCGUCAUCCGCCCCUGCGCGGAGAAACUGUUUAUGGACCUGGUGACUAACUACAAAUCAAUCCUUGCGGAGCCGCUCAUGCGGGUGUUUAAUAACUCCAUCUCGUCGACGGACGUCCUGGCCAAGGAUGCCAUAUACACAGCCGUAGGGCUAGCGGCGCCAGUGCUGCAUCCCAGCUUGGACUUUGAUGGGUUCCUGCAUAAUACCCUGGUUAAUGAGAUACAGGUGCAGCAGCAGGGGUACAAUAUACUGCGACGCAGAAUCGCGAUCCUGAUCGGGCAGUGGGUGUCGGUCAAUGUGUCGGCGGAGUCGCGGACGACCGUCUACAAAGUCACCCAACACCUUCUCAACCGUGACGACCCCUACAACGACCUAGUUGUGCGCUUGACUGCUGCGCGGUGCCUGAAGAGUAGUGUCAACGAGUGGGAGUUCAAGGUUGACUCGUUCUUGCCCUAUGUAGAUGACCUGUUUGGCAAGCUUAUGGGCCUGAUCGAUGAGGUCGAGGAGACGGAGACGCGCAUGAGCCUGCUGGAGGUUAUUGGGCUCAUUGUAGAAAGACUAGAGCAUCACAUUGCGCCCUACGCUGAGGCCAUUGUCCGCAUCCUGCCACCGCUGUGGGAGCAGACUGGGGAGGAGCAUUUGUUCAAGCAGGCCAUACUUACCAUUCUGACGAAGCUGGUGUCGGCAAUGAAGGAUAGGAGUUUGGAGUACCACAAUAUUGUGCUCCCGCUCAUCAAGUACUCUGUCGAGCCCGGAUCCGGAAUGCAAGUCUACCUCCUGGAAGACGCCCUAGACCUCUGGGAAGCCACCAUCCGUUCCGCGCCUUCCCCCGCCUCUCCCGAACUCAUUGACCUCGCCCCACUCCUCAUCCCCUGCGUCGAGAACGGCACCAUGACGCUCCGGAAGGUGCUCGACAUCCUCGAGUCCUACGUCCUGCUCGCCCCCCGCGAGAUGAUCGAGAACCUGCGCUCGCAGAUGUUUGCGGCCUUCGCCUCCCUCCUGGGCACGCUCAAGCCCGAAUACAACAGCAUCAUCACGCACGUCGCCGAGAUCAUCAUCCGCGCCGCGGAGACGCUCGGCGGCGAGCAAGCCCUCUCCGUCGUCGGCCACGAGCUCAUCGGCAGCGGCUUCCUCCUAACGGCCCUCGAGGGCAUCCACGCCAGCUACCAGGCGCACCAGACCACGGGGCCAAACCGCGUGCACCCGCCGCUGGACACGGUCGUGAUGACGGACUACCUGGGCGUGCUGUCGCGCAUGGUGCUGGCGAGCACGGGCUGGUUCGUGGAGAACAUGCGUGUGUUUGGCGAGCGGAAGGGCAUGGGCGUGGAGCAGGUCAUGGGCUGGCUGCUCGAGGAGUGGUUCGACCAUUUCUCGAAUAUCGGGAAUCCGAAGGCGCGCAAGCUCAAUUGUAUGGCGCUCACGAAGCUGCUUGAGACGAAUGAGGGGUGGGUGUUGAGGAGGUUGCAGGAUCUGAUGGUUGUGUGGACGGAUCUUGUGAAUGAGCAUUUGGAUAACGAGGGUGGAGAUGCGUUGAUCUAUUGGGUCCAGCCCGAGGACGAGAAUGCACCCGUGACCCCCGAGAGUUCCAGGCGGAAGGCGCUCACCCAAUCCGACCCCGUGCACGCCGUCAACGUGGUCGAGUUCAUCAAGCACCACCUGGCAAAGGUGCAGGGCGAGAACGGUGGGCCUGGUCGCUUUAGGGAGGACUGGGUGGUGAAUGUGGACAAGUACGUGCUGGAGGGGUUUGCCAAGCUGGGGGUUAUAUAG